UUUUCAAGCUUGUCUGCCCACUACGGACAACUACAUUUCCCAGGAUGCGUAGCAUGUCGCUUCCGUGACGUUAUUGUCCACGUGAGCUUCAUUCAGCUGAGCGCUGCAAAGAUGAAUGGCUGGGGGGGUGGAAGAUGGAAACGCUGGAAAAAUGGAGCAGAGACAUCAUGGCACCUCAUCAGCUGGAUAAGAAAAAGCAUUCCAAACAAAAUGGCAUGAUUGCAAAAAAUCUACUUAACUCUCUCAAGAUUCGCAAUCGUUUGCAGCUCCAGCCCAUUUCUCGUUCAGAAUGUGCCACUGGCUCCUGUCCAGAUCUGAUGAAUAGGAACGAGCAGCCUGACUCCCGGCCGCUAGCCAUGGCCCUGACACCCCAACUACCCCCCAGGACCCAUCGGCCCCUGUGUCUCUCGGUGUCCUCCGACAGCAAUGGACGCUUUAAAGCUCUGGAGACUCAGGAAUGGAAGAACAACCUCAAAGCUCAGAUGGAGCAGGCCCAUAGUGCCGGAGCAGCCAGCAGCACAGGUUCCCUGGAAAGAGCGUCUCUCUUUUGCGCUUCUGGCUCCACCACCACCUCCAGCUCCGGCCUCUCCAGUCCGGUGGAGCACCUCACCAAGAGCAAGUCCUCUAGUCGCUUUUCACUCUUCUCCCCUCCUUGGAAUAGCAGCUCUGAGUCUGACUCCAACCCACCUUCCCGCUCCGGAUCCAAGAAAAUGCGCAACUACAGUCGCAGAGCAGUUUCCGGCAGUGCCAAGACGGGCCCAGAGACUCCAGAGCCCAAGCAGAGCGUCUCUGAACACUUCCAGUACUCAGAUCCUGUCAUAUCCAAGGUUACAGACUACAUUUACGUGGGCAACCUGAACGCGGCUUAUAGCGGACGUACGUUGUGCCGAAAUAACAUCGAUAGCAUCAUUGACAUGAGCAGCCUGCCUGGGGAGACUUGUUUGAGAGUCAUUCCUUGUACUUGUUCAAGGGCUGUCAAGCAUAGUUGGUCUCGGCUCAAAGUGGACAUGAGCGACCUUCCGGACACCGUCCAAGAAGGCCUCGCCCUCAAGCACCGCUGCUUCGAGGACAUCAAUGAGUGCAUCGAUGCCUCCACGGAGAAGAGGAAACGAGUGUUGGUGCAUUGUCGUGAUGGUUUUUCCCUCGCCCCCACUUGUAUUAUUCAAUACCUCAUGGUCAAACAAAAUAUGAGGCUUAUUGCCGCCUACGAGCUGCUCAGAGCCAAACACCCUGUCAACAUUCGCGAGUCCCAUCAGAACGUUCUGGUAAGUCUCGAAAGAGCUUUGCGACCAGGGGGGAACACGGACCCUGAGUGCUUUAAACAGGCCAUAUCCCGCAAAGUGGCUUGGACCUGAUAGAGAACCUUGGGGAACCUCCAUUUUAUUUGAAGUUUUUGUAGUUUGUGCUUUUAUUUUGUACAUUAUUUCCUCUGUUAACAGUGAAAGGCAGCUUUUUUUGUGUUUUAACUGAGCUGGAUGUCAUGGUGUGAGUACUAACUGUGAAAAUUACUUAAGUUGUUCAGUGGCCAUUUUAGAGAAACACAGCUUGAGAAUUUGAGUCAUUCAUUUUGCUUCUGGAUAAACGAGAACAAACACGCUUUUUUGCAGCUGCUAAGCAAUGGGAUUUGUUUGGGAAUAUAUCUCUUAUUUAUUCUUCUUCACAUGGGUACAUAGCCAUGCUGUGCAGGUUUAUGCUGAGAAAGAAAUUUAGUGGGAGCUCUCAGGAGAUGAAAUGAUGUCACACAUGACUGCAAACGCCAAUACUAAGGCUGAAACGUCAAACUGGAGUACUAUCAACUAAACAUCUCAAACACUUUCUUAACAGAUUGAGGACUAAAUAUGAUUAGUCUUUGUAUCUGGCAGUACAAAGCACAACCUUUGUUGGCCUCCUUAUUCAUUUGAAAAUUAGUUGAUAUUUCUCUGCGUUUAUCCAGGGUUGAAAGAUACACAGUAAGAGUAGUCCUCUAUGAGGAGUCAUUUCAUUUACUAAGCGUCUUUUAUUAAAUGUGUAAUAUUCAACAUGUUUGAUCAAAUACUAAUUUCAGUGCUUGGAAAAAAUGUGAAUUUUGCGAUUAUGUAAAGCAUUGAAACUGUCCCACUUUAUACCUUUUAUGGAGUGUUGGUAUUUGGAAAAUGAACUGAAACGAGUUGUGGAGCAAUGCUCAGUUGCAAAGGCUUGAUAUUGCACUAUCCACAAGGAAAUGCACAAGUUUGCUUACAUGUGGCUUAGUUUGAUUUAAUGUUGCGCAGUGAAUAUAGAUCAAAAUAUUUUUAUGAUAAUGUUUAUGCUUAUAUAUACUGAUUGUUGUUCAUGGUUUGUAUUGAAUUUUUAUUUUGCCAUUUAGAAAAAUGCAACAACCCUGAUAGCACAUGUAUGUCACCAAGACAUCUUGGAUGCGUUUUCAUUUAGAGAAUCAGAUUUUUUUUCUUUCUUUUGGACUGUUUGCAAUUUGUUGAGAUGAUUCCUGAUAUAAAUUACACCCAAUUUAUGUUGAAAGUGAACAUCCCAAUGCAACAAACCUUGAUAUCUCUAUUUGUAAUCAGUGAAGCUAACUAUGCUAGCAGAGCAACAUUGGGCGCUCAUCGUGUCUACAGUUUUGUUGAUUAUAAUGGGAGCAAUCUAGUUUUAUCACUUUGUAACACAGCUUGCUUAUAGUGUACACUGGUAAGUUUUUGCAACAUUUAUGGUUUAAAAUGCAAGUCAAUCUGCUGGGUAUUUAAAAAAAAAAAAAUGUUUUUCUGAUAUCUGUACACAAAAGUGUGUGGUGUGUCUUGGUGACAUAUGUCUGCUUCUUGGGAAAACAGCUCUCAAAUAUUUGACAUGGCUUAUGCUUGUCAGCAGUGAUUAUUAUAUUUUGAUAUUUAGUGCGCGGUUUGGUGAUGAAAGACCCUCCUGAGUUUUGGUGCCUUUUGUUUGAACUUGUCCAGUGUGAUUAUUGUGACAUUCACUCGCGCACACUGUAUGCACUCCAUCAGGUAUAGACAAAUAUGUCGUCUUUAUGCUUUGAAAUGUUCAGGAAAUGCUCCAUGUUGGUGUAAUUUUGUGAUGUAUGGCAGAGAUCAGUUCCAUCUGAAUAAGCUGUUGUAAAGUUUUCAUUGCAGUGCUCACAGUGAAUAGUGCCUGUACUUCAAUCAGUGUGGUGGUGACGUCAAUCAGUGUGAUCAUUACCUUCUUCUACGGGCCAGCAAUUAGCUUCCAACAUUAGCAAAGCUGUAUUUAGAUUCAAAUGGAACAUUUGCUAUUGCUUUCUUCUUAUUCAUUAGCCUAUUUAAAUAUAUAUUUUUUGGAUGGCUGAUCUCACCCUGUAUAAAGGUCUAACAACAUGAACUCUCAGGUUAACUUUAUUGGCCUAGAAAACAUUCUCAAUGCGUUAGAAACCAGAAUAAUGUGAGGCAAUGUAUUUUCUGUAUCACGUUUUUGAAGAAAAUGCAUUUGUACUUGUUGAUAUUAAAGAGAAUCUAAUGCACUGA